UUAGGCUUGUUUCCUUUCCAAUGUCGAACGAAAAGUCAGAAAAGAUAGUAAUUGGGAUGAAAACGAAUUAAAACGAUUGAAGUAGUAUAUAUAACGAAGUCAAUAUUAUGUACCACAUACGUCCUUUACAUUGCAAAUAUUAAUAAGUAAUUAAUCAAAAAAUGGGUGCGGUUGUAAAAUAUGUAAUAGCCGGCUUAGUUAGGUAUUGGCUUAUUCAUACAGACUUUUGGCAUACACUAUCCAAUAGGGUAGAAAUAGCGACUCCCUUAAAUUCAUGGAAGAGGUUAAUUGAAGGUGUUUAUUUAUACGACCAAAACAUUAAUCCGUACGAAGGAGAUGCUUUCCACGAAUCACCGAUAGUGUUAGUGAUUUUCCAUUAUCUUUUAAAACAUGUCCCGUAUAGCCUACCAUUUAUAUUCAGUGCAAUGGACCUCCUCACUGCGUAUCUUCUCUACAAAACCUCGAGAGGUUUUGUCAGAAUCUUCCUUAACUGUCAAGAGAAAUAUUUAUCAGAUGUGUCUCAGGAAUCAAAGGAUAUGGUUAUGACAGAAAGUCAGUUAAAAGAGACAUCUGAAUAUGUUCUGUCUGUCUAUUUAUUUAAUCCAUACUCUAUAUUGAACUGUGUUGGGAUGACAACAACAGUUUUGCAGAAUAUGUUGUUAGCUGCAGCACUUUGUGGUGCGGCUCAUGGAUAUGUGAUAAUAUCCUGUGCGUUCUUAGCCUUUGCUACUCAUCAAGCAUUAUACCCUGUCUUACUGAUAGUACCAACGGCUAUGAUAUUGGCUGAAGUGAACAAGGGAUGUAAUAAAUGUUCAUAUAUUAAAACAUUGUUGGCCUUUGUUUUGAGUUGGAGCUUUGUGGUUUAUAUAUCUGCAUUUAUAAUGGAUGGUUCUUAUAAUUAUGUUUACAAUACAUAUGGUUUUAUAUUGACUGUUCCAGACCUAAAACCAAAUAUUGGACUUUUUUGGUACUUUUUCACGGAAAUGUUUGAGCACUUUAGAUUACUGUUUGUAUGUGCUUUCCAAAUAAACGCCCUGAUACUGUACAUAGUACCAUUGACUUUGCGAUUUAAGAAGGAACCAAUAUUAUUGGUGACUGUGCUAUUAGCACUGUCAACUGUAUUCAGAUCUUACCCUUGUGUGGGUGAUGUUGGCUUCUAUAUGGCAUUCAUACCAAUGUGGAAACACCUUUUUACAUUUAUGCAACAAAAAUUUAUUGUUGCCUGUGCAUUCAUCAUUACUUCAGCUUUGGGACCGACAGUAUGGCAUUUGUGGAUAUAUUCUGGAUCAGCUAAUGCCAACUUUUUCUUUGGUGUCACCUUAUCUUUUGCAACAGCACAAAUAUUCCUUAUAACUGACUUAUUGUUUGCGUAUAUUAAAAGAGAAUAUACUCUUAAGAAUGGAUCUUCGAGGACCAUUGAUGGAAAACCUGCCAAAUUAGUUCUGCGAUAAUGACAACUGUAAACUGAAAUGACAGAAAUAUGCAUAAAACUUGUACAAUGACUUCUUAUGUGUAGCUUUAGCAUUCAGAAAAAAAAAACUGUUAUGCAGAUGUCUGAAUGUUACAUUUGUGCAGUAAUAUAUUACAUAUUGAAGACCAAAAAAUUUUUUCAUUCUUAAGUAACAUCUCCAUAUCACCAUUUCGUUGAAUAGAGUAUGUUGAUCAGUUGAGACAGUAUACAUUCAUUCAAUUCUGCAUUUAAAUUAGUAAUUUUAGGGUAUUAUAAUAUAAGACAAGAAGCAAAGACUUGUAUAACUAAUGACUGUAACUAAAUUAAUGAUAAAAUGCAUACAAUCUUUUAAGUACAGCUAAAAUAUUUUCUAUAUCUGACUGUCACUUAGUACUAUUCAAUAUUCAUAAUUAAUAUGUAUAGUUACUUUAUUAGUCGAAGAAAGAAAUAUUUUUUAGCUCAUGUGUUCAUUUCGUUACAACUUGUUUUUUAGACAUAUUUGAUAUUGCUUUAAAGUUAUUAAUAUUGUAUUUGACUGUUAUAUCAUAUCAAACUGUCGUUACAAUUUUUAGUUACUGUUUGCACAAAGAUAAAUGUCAAAACAUACAGUAUUUUUUAACAAAAUUAAAAUUAACAACUUAUUGGAUUGAAAAUGUAAGAAGAAAAGCUACAAAAGUUUAUCGAAUGCAAGACUUACUGUGACAUAAGUUUAAAUCUUUAUCAUAUACGCUAUACAUUUCGGUAAGAACAUGCACACACAGAUUUUGCCUAAUUGAAAAAGUGUAUUUUAUUUCCCAAAACAUAAAAUACUGUACCUACUAGAAAAAUUGUACACAAAACAUGAAAUCGUUUUUUAAAAAUACUAGAUUUUACUCAUAAGCGUUUUCUGUGAGUCUAAAAAACCCUUAUAUUCAACUUCAACUUUAACCGUAACCAGGAAACGAAACGUGCUAAAAAAGUUAAACAUGGAAAUUAAAAUUCAAUUUGUUAUUACCGCCGACAAUGUUCUCUAGAGAUUUAAAAAUGUUGCCAUUGUUUUCCAUACUUUUUAUUUUAAUUAUUAAGAAACAUAGAUAUGAACAUACGUGCGAGAAUGUAUAUUUGUUUAAAAUCUUUUAAAUAAAUAACAAAACACGUUUAGUAUGUAUGUCACAAUUCAGUAUAAAAUAACAUGUAUUAUAAUUGUGUUGUAAAAAUUAAAGUAUUUUUUGUACGAA